CCUGGCCUCCUGACAGGAGGGGGUUAAUGGAGCCCAGGGCCAGCAGGGCUGGGUUGGCUGGUGACAGGGCGCUGGCUGGCCUGGAGGUGGGGCAAUCCAGAGGGCAGGGACAGCCGGGGCCCAGCAGACUGGACGCUCCUGCCCGCCUGUGGCCUGCUCUGCACGCGGGAUGGCCCUGAGGAAAGAAGGCCUGGCCCUGGCAGUGCUGCUGGUCUCCUGGGCAGCACUGGGCCCCUGUGGCCUGGGAGGAGCGGAGCCCCGAGUGCCAGGGGACGCUGAGGGCCUGCAGUGCCCGGCCGUCUGCACCUGCGGCCACGACGACUACACGGACGAGCUGAGCGUCUUCUGCAGCUCCCGGAACCUCACUCGGCUGCCCGACGGCAUUCCAGACAGCGCCAGGGCCCUGUGGCUGGACGGCAACAACUUCUCCUCCAUCCCCGAGGCGGCCUUCCGGAACCUCUCCAGCCUGGGCUUCCUCAACCUGCAGGGCAGCGGGCUGGCCAGCCUGGAGCCGAAGGCGCUGCUGGGCCUGCAGAACCUGUACCACCUGCACCUGGAGCGGAACCAGCUGCGUGGCCUGGCUGCCCGCACCUUCCUGCACACACCGGGCCUGGCUUCUCUCGGUCUCAAUAACAACCUGCUCAGCAGGGUGGAUGAGGGCCUCUUCCAGGGCCUGGCCAACCUCUGGGACCUCAACCUGGGCUGGAACAGCCUGGCCGUGCUUCCCGACUCCGCGUUCCAGGGCCUGGCCAACCUGCACGAGCUGGUGCUGGCAGGCAACAAGCUGGCCUACCUGCAGCCCCCGCUCUUCUGCGGCCUGGGCGAGCUCCGGGAGCUGGACCUCAGCAGGAACGCCCUGCGCAGCGUCAAGUCCAACGUCUUCGUCAAGCUGCCCAAGCUCCAGAAGCUCUACCUGGACCACAACCUCAUCACAGCCGUGGCCCCGGGUGCCUUCCUGGGCAUGAAGGCACUGCGCUGGCUGGACCUGUCGCACAACCGCGUGGCGGGCCUUCUGGAGGACACCUUCCCGGGCCUGCUAGGCCUGCACGUCCUGCGCCUCUCGCACAACGCAAUCGCCGGCCUGCGGCCCCGGACCUUCAAAGACCUGCACUUCCUGGAGGAGCUGCGGCUGGGCCACAACCGCCUGCGGCAGCUGCCCGACAAGGUCUUCGAGGGGCUGGGCCAGCUGGAGGUGCUCACGCUCAACGACAACCAGAUCCAGGAGGUCAAGGCGGGCGCCUUCGUCGGCCUCCUGAACGUGGCCGUCAUGAACCUCUCCGGCAACUGCCUGCGGAACCUCCCGGAGCAGGUGUUCCAGGGCCUGGCCAAGCUGCACAGCCUGCACCUGGAAGGCAGCUGCCUGGGCCGCGUCCGCCAGCACACCUUCGCAGGGCUCUCGGGGCUGCGCAGGCUCUUCCUCAAGGACAGUGGCAUCGUGGCCAUUGAGGAGCAGAGCCUGCGGGGGCUCCCUGAGCUCCUGGAGCUGGACCUCACCUCCAACCAGCUCACGCAGCUGCCCAGCCAGCUCUUCCAGGGCCUCGGCAAGCUGGAGUACCUGCUCCUGUCCCGCAACCGGCUGUCAGCACUGUCGGCGGACACUCUGGGCCCUCUGCAGCGCACCUUCUGGCUGGACGUCUCCCACAACCUCCUGGAGGCCCUGCCCGAGGCCGUGCUCUCGCCUCUGGGGCGGCUGCGCUACCUCAGCCUCAGGAACAACUCCUUGCGGACCUUCGUGCCCCAGCACGCCGGCCUGGAGCACCUGUGGCUGGAGGGCAACCCCUGGCACUGUGGCUGCCCGCUCCGGGCCCUGAGGGCCUUUGCCCUGCAGCACCCCGCCGUCGUGCCCCGCUUCGUCCAGGCCGUCGUGGAGGGGGACGACUGCCAGCCCCCCGUGUACACCUACAACAACAUCACCUGCGCCAGCCCGCCUGGCAUCGUGGGACUGGACCUGCGUGAUGUCAGCGAGGCCCACUUUGCUCAUUGCUGACCCGAGGCUCGUCCCGGCCAGACACCCCCCCGGGGCCACAGCAGGCCAGGGGUCCUUUCCCCGGGGAACACACCGUCCUGGGCCCUUGCCAGCUUGGGCUUAGGAACUGUGGGCCCCUGCCUGGUCCCUGAGGGCCAAAUCAGGAGGGUGGGGCUGUCAUCCAUUAAACACAGUCUGAUAAACACCACCUGUGAGCACAGAGCUGAAACUUG